AUGGCAGCUGCGGUGGCUGCGAGCUUCUCGGAGCUCAACGCAGCAGUCAAGCGCGAGAAUUACUCGCGUGCCGUGGACAUCUGCAAUAAGAUCCGCUCCAAGUUUCCGGAUGACAUAGACGCCGUCAAAGUCAAGUGUGUGGCACUCAUUCGUCUAGAGAAGCUCGACAAGGCCUUGGAGCUGGCUGUGAAGUAUGACUUCCUAAGUAUGGAGAAGGCAUAUUGCCUUUACCGCCUCAAGCAGGACGACGACGCGCUGAAGCUGCUGGAGGGAGGAGACUUGGAGACGCAAAACACUCCACAACUGCAUCUGGCGGCGCAGUUGCACUUCCGUAAAGGAAAUUACGACCAGAGUAUCCGCAUCUACGAGCUGCUGCUCUCGCGUGGUCAGGAGGGCGACGACCUUCUGGAGCUGCAAACUAAUCUGCUUGCGGCGUAUGCAAGUGCGGGGAAAAGUCAGGAGCUGAAGGAUCGCGAGAUUCCUAUCGAUGAUGGGUUCGAAGUGGCCUUUAACAAGUCGUUUGUGGCUAUUCAGUCGGGUGAUUGGGAGGCGGCGGAGGAGCUCUUGCUGACUGCUGAACGCUUGUGCCGCGAUACGUUUGGGGCUGAGGGUGCCACGGAAGCCGAGAUUGAAGAAGAAGUGGCUGUCAUCAAGACGCAACUGGCAUUUGUGAAGCAGAUGCGCGGCGAUCUGGACGGUGCUCUGUCGGACUACCGCGACGUGCUAAAGCUGAAGCUACGCAACCGAGCUGUGGGUGCUGUGGCUUCGAACAAUAUCGUGACGAUCCGCAAGGACCGCGACGUGCUAGACUCAUUCAAGCGACUGAAGAACAUUGACGCGUCCGUGCUGUCUGACAAGCUGAGCUCAGUCCAGCGAGAGGCCAUCCUCACGAACCGCGCGCUACUGUUAUGUCUGUUGAACAAGACGGAAGAUUGUCGCGACAGUUUGGAGACGUUGAAGAAGCAGUUCCCCUCGUCGAAGUCAAUUGCUGACAUUGUAGUAUUGCUGGCAAUCAAGAACCAGUCGGCGACUGGCGCGAUCGAGCAGCUCCAGGGCGACAUGAGCGUUGGUGGUCGUCUUGGUCUCGCACACGUCUACUUAACUGAAGGGCAAGUAGUGAAGUCUGCCGAGUGCAUUCGCUCGAUCGAGCAGCUGGCGCACUCCCCCGGUACGGUGGCUACCCUUGUCGCCCUGUACGAGCAGGCAGGCGACUCAGCAUCGGCACAAGCCGUGUUGGAGAGCGCACUGGCCCACCACAAGGCUGGCGACUACACGUCUGAGCAGGCUAUGAAGAUUCGUGAGGGUGACUGCUGGUACAAGAUCCAGAAGAAGCAGUACCGCGAGGCUGCCGAUGCGUACUUGGAGCUGCUUGAAGGCGAGACUGCGGGCACUUUGGACCGCGAUCUUCGCCUUCGCUCUAUGGCCUCACUGGUUGUCGCUCUGUCGUUCUGUGAUGCUGAAGCUGCUGAAGCUCGGUGCGCCAUGCUCCCCGCUGUUGAGGAGAGUGGUGUUGAUCCGAGCGAGCUGGAGAAGCAAGUUCCGCGCUCGACCCGAUUGGCUGCCAAGUUCGCAGACACUGGCGACAAGAAGAACGAACGCAAGCGCGCCGCGAAGAGUCCAGAGGCGAUUGCCCGCAAGCGUGCCAAACGUAGGGAGGCACAUCUGGCCAACCUUCGUGCUCGUCCGGACUACAAUGCGUCCAUUGGACUUGUAAACCCGGACCCGGAGCGCUGGAUUCCGCGCAAGCAGCGCUCGCACGGCAAGCGUGGUCGUCGCGGCCGCAACCGCUUUGUCGGCGCUCAGGGAGCUGGUAUGGGCACGGAGAAAGAUGCUCUCAAGCUUGAUGCAGCCGCUCGUGCUGCGCGCAAGGCGGAAUCGGACAAGCCUGCAGCUGUCGUGGUGACUAGCAGCUCUGGCAUUCGCAAGUCCAAAAAGAAGAAACGCAGAUAA